AUGGCGACCGGCGUCGACGCGAAGCUCUUGAAGAGCACCAAGUUCCCGCCCGAGUUCAAUCAAAAGGUGGACAUGCAAAAGGUUAAUGUCCAGGUCAUGAAGAAAUGGAUUGCGAACCGAGUUACGGAAAUCCUAGGGAGCGAAGAUGACGUUGUGAUUGAGCUGGUUUUCGACUUGGUUGAGGGUGUCCGAAAUCCCGAUAUCAAAUCCAUGCAGAUCCAGCUGACUGGUUUCCUCGAUAAAGACACGCCGAUUUUCUGCAAGGACCUUUGGAAACUAUUGCUCAGCGCGCAAGCGAGUCCACAGGGCGUGCCGAAAGAGUUGUUGGAGGCGAAGAAAUUGGAGCUCAUGCAAGAGAAGGUGAGGAGAUCGAGGCGGACAAAGCUGCUGAAGAAGCCCGCCAGCGACGAAACGAGUUCGAGCGCCGCGACCGUGGUAGGGGUGGUGGCCGAGGGGGCGGCCGUGGAGACUCGUGGCGAGGGGGACGUGACGAUAGGGACCGGGGCGGUUUUGGACGUGGGCGAUCCCGAUCACCCCCUCGUUUUCGUGAUCGCGGCGACCGCGCAGACCGUGGAGGACGUGGUGGUCCCCGCGGUGGCGGUGGUGGAUGGACGCGCGAUAUUUAUGUUCCUCGGGGAAACUCGCCGCGGCGUGGCGGCGGUGGAUGGCGCGAUAACCGACCGUCGAAGGAGGCAGACGGUCUGUCACUCGGUCACCCAGCCCCCCUCGCCGGCGUCGUGGGCGAACACGGUCACGCACUCCGGCAACUCGGCGGGAGGCGCCCAAACGACACCGAUCGUCUCGCGCCCGUACGCGCUCCGUGUCAUCGGACCGCAGCUCGCCCUCACCGAAACGCCGUCGCUACUCCAGAUCAAGAAGCCGGGGCCGCGGUAG